AAAAAAAAUAAAAACACAUCAUAAAAAAUUCAAUAGUCUGAUCAGCCAACGAUAAAUACGGUUCAAUUCUAAAAUUAGUACCUUUUGCAACAUGAUCGGCAAAAUACAAAAACUGCUAAUCAUUCUAACGGUCAUAGCAGUUGCAACCCACAAACAACAGUUAGCGCACGCUAAAAACCGUAUUAUAGGAGGACAACAUGCCGAAGAAGGUCUGGCACCUUAUCAAAUCUCUUUGCAAACGCUACCAGGAGCUCAUUUAUGUGGUGGAGCCAUAAUAGACAAGCAAUGGAUCAUAACUGCAGCCCAUUGUGUUACAGGUUGGCCAGCUGAAUUUCUAAGAAUUGCUGCCGGUAGUAAUCUUUAUCAGGAACCUUUGGAGGUGUAUUAUAUAUAUCACAAUGAUAUUGCUUUAUUACAUGUGAAUACCACGAUUACAUUUAAUGACUUAGUGCAGCCGCUGACUUUAACCAAUACCAUGUUAAAUACUACCGAUCCCUUGCUGUUUACCGGUUGGGGUUUAAUUUCCCUAUGGGAUCCUUAUCCGGAGAAAUUGCAAAAAUUACUAAUGUAUCAAGUAUCCAAAAAUGAAUGUACUAUAAUAUUAGAGUCUGAAUUUCCAGAUGUCCGGGUGGAUAUUUCACACAUCUGUGCCUAUGUAAAACGUUAUCAGGGUGCCUGUCAUGGUGAUAAUGGUGGUCCUUUGGUUUACAAUAACUCGCUUAUAGGCAUACAUUCCUGGUCUUAUCCGUGUGCCGAUGGUUAUCCCGAUAUGUUUACCAACAUCUGGUAUUAUCGUGAUUGGAUUCGACAAGUACAAAGCGGCCAUAAGAAAUGUAAAUAUUCUAUUUAGUUUAACAAAAUAUGUACAUUUUUCAAAUUAUUAAAAUUAAAAUACUCUUAA